AUGUCUGACCUGGCUGGCCUGGGCGAACCACGUCUCAGAAGCCCAUCUCCUGGAAGAGGUGGACGGUUCGACGACGCCGGCCGCCGCUCUCCCCCGCCCCCAGCAGACAGGUGGAACGGCGGAAAUGAUCGGAACGGAACCGGCCCGCCGGGCUCAAAUCUCCGCAGUGGAUCCGCCGAGUUCGGUAGGAAGCGGCCCAGAGACGAUUCGCCUCCCAGUCGAGAUCGCUAUAUCCCCAAUUACGAACGUGAGCCACCCAGAGAGCGCGAAAGACGAGACUAUCAUCAUCCCAUCCUUGACCAUGAUCGUCCAGCUCGCCAUCUUCCAAACCCCGAGAUAUUCGAUGACCCCUAUCGGCGUGGCGGGAGCGCUUAUCGUGACGACAUGUUUCCGUAUUCGCCCGAUCGUGGCCUACCAGCCCGCGGGGGACCCACCCACUCUCGUUCUCAUCUCACGCCUCCUUCCGAGCUGCCCUACCUCGUCUCGUUCCGGUAUUUCGCUGAUUUCAUGCGCUCGACCUCUCCACACAUCGCCGACGACAAGGAGAAACUUGCCGAGCAGUGGAAACGCUACCGUCUAGACCACACACGCAAGCAGCUGGUCGCCUUCUUUGAGGAAAAUAGAAAUAAAGCCUGGUUUCGUGAGAAGUAUCAACCCGGCCCAGAGUUUGAGGAGCUUCGACAGCGGUUGAGGAAAAAGGGAAGGGAGGGCAAGGUGGAGGGCUUCAUCUCCCGCUUGGAGAAAGGCGACUUGGACAUCAUCAACUACGAUUAUCUCCCCACUUCGACCUUAAAUAAGAAGCCGGUGGCCGCCACCAAGUCAUCGCCAGAUCAAUCUGACGAACCUGCUGCCCCCACUAUCAAGGCCGAUCCAAGUCCUGCCGCACCUACAACGCUACCUCCAACCACCACCCAAGACGGCGAGGCUAAAGAGUCUACUCUUCCUCCCAAACCAGACUCUGAGGUCACUGCAGUUUCAGAAGCUGCCAAAGUCAAGACCGAAUCAGAAGCAGAUGUGAAAAAUGAGGUUAACUCCACCAACCCGGAUGCAGAUGCAGAUGAAUAUGAGGAGCCGGACGACGAGUUCUGUGCAAGCAUGGCCGAGGCGAUAACGGGCCCCAAUACAGGACUAGCGCCGUCCAGUGCGUUAGGAAGCCUCAUUGGUGAAAGCAUGAGAGGCAAAGUGGGCUCUGAUGAUAUCGUCGUCUUACCCCCUGCGGAUAAUCAACUUUUUAUCAAAAGCAUCAGCCCCGACAUCUCUCGCACCGAACUAGAGAAUCAUUGUAAACAAGUGGAAGGGUUUGAUUAUCUCGCUCUAUCAGAUCCUCACACCGGAAAGAAGCUACACCGCGUCGGGUGGGUGGCUUUCCUACCUGGUACCGACAUGAAAGCUGCCGAAAGCGCACUUGGAGAGUCAAAAAUCAACAACUUUACUCUACAUCUCAUGAUAACCGAACGCCCGGCGCUCCAGAAGCUGCGCACGUGCCCAGGAAUCAUGAAUACGCAUGAGCGCAUCAUCAAGGAUUUGGGCCAGAUUCGGAAGCUCGCCGCCAGCUUUGAAGCCGAGCAAUUCGGACCCGGUGCAAGUGAAGAUAAGUGCGGUAGUACGGCGAUCGAAGCCAGGAUCAGCAAGAUCAAAGAGGAAAUGGGACCGAACCUCGAUUCCUCAUCCAAACAGCCACCGUCUGAUGCAGGUGACGGUACCCCUACCGCGCCAGAUGCUGGACUCAAUCCCCAGGACUCGGAUGUCAAACCAGAUUUACCUCAAGAGAAGAAUCUAACGCUCGACAAAAAGUCGCUGGAUCUCUACAUAUACUACCUCCGAACUGUGUUCAAUUGUUGUUACUACUGUGUGUGCGUCUGCGACUUCCAAGAAGAACUCUGUCGACGAUGUCCCAAGCAUGUUCGCAAAGCAGCUCCCCGCCAGCAGCUUGAAGACCACUCAUCUACCGCCACUCCCCAAAGUCACCGGAGGAAUACCAAUGCUCAAAACUCGACCCAUCUCAGGUCCAACGAGCAGAAUUGGGCACGUACCUUAGACGACCGAGUCGCACUGAUCCUGACUCCAUCUGAAGUCGACCCUCGGGAGUUUGGUGGCGAGAGAGUUGACGAUGAAAUACAUCGAUUGUGCCAGCCUCAGAUUAUCGACGAAGGGGCUGGGAAGUUUCGGUGCAAGAGCUGUAGCAAGCUGUUCAAAGCGAUGAACUUUAUCGAAAAGCACAUCAUGUCCAAACACGGAGAAGUGAUCAAUCAGGACUCCAUCGAAAGGAUUAAAUACCUCAACAAUUACAUCUUAGACCCUUCGCAUACCACGCCCCAGGCCCCACCGCCGCCAGAAUAUGGGCACUCCCGAGGGCACAAUGGGAUCUCCGCGGGCCCGUCGGCGCCUCAUGGGAUGAUGGCGAGCAUGGGCCACGGCCACCCGGGCGACUUCCACAACGGAGGCUACCACGCCCCGAUGAUGAACAACUCGAUGGGCGGGCCGGGGGGAAUGAUGAUGGGCGGGCCGUACGGGAGCUACAUGCCCCCGAUGUAUCCGCCCUAUGGCCCCACCCACUCCUACCCUCCCCCGAUGGCCGGGCCAUCGCCGAUGUUCCCCAACGGCUCGAUGAUGGGUGGUCAUCAUGGCAGCGGCGGCGGUCCUGGAUACGGGGCGCCGUAUUACAUGGGAAACAUGGGCCCGGGCGCGCCCUACCCGUCCGCCUUCCAGCCCCACCACCAAGUCUACUCCUCCCUGCCUGCCAUCCCUCCCCCCGCCCAUCCCAUCCGGGCCCCCAAUGGGAACAACCGGCGCUUGGGCGAGCGGAUCUCGAGACACUUCGCCGACGAAAUCGGCCUCCCCCUCCCCCCCCACUACCACGACCAUAAACGCUCCCGAAGGGACGAGUUCAACAGGCCCCCGAGCGCCGCCUUCAGUCCCGCUGCUGCUGCUGCCGCCGCCGCCGCUAAUCCGCCCCCAAUGGCCCUCGUCGCCUCUGACCCUAGGUCCAAAACCGUCCUCGCUUAUAACGACCUCGACACCCCCGCUGGGGACGAGGUGGUCUUGAAUUACUGA